ACGCACACGCGCCCAUCUCUAAUCUAGAGCCAAACUAGAGUCCAUCUACGGGUUAAUUUAGCCAAAACAACAAGCUAGCUUUCGGCCACAAACAUGCUGAGCUUUCUGUUCAUUGUCAAUCGUGCAUUCAGCGCCGGCAGCAGCAUCGGCAACGGCAGCAGCAGCAGAACAAUAAUGCAAGCCACUGGUCCACGACCACUUGUGCUGUGUGGCCCCUCGGGCUCCGGCAAAAGCACGUUGCUAAAACGUCUAUUUGCUGAAUUUCCGGAAAUGUUUGGAUUCAGCGUCUCGCACACCACGCGCCGUCCGCGUGAUGGCGAAGAGCAUGGCAUCCACUAUUAUUUUGUGAGCAGACCGGACAUGGAGCUGGCCAUUGCCAAUGAUGAGUUCAUCGAGACGGCCGAGUUUUCGGGCAAUAUGUACGGCACCAGCAAGGAGGCAGUGCGCGAUAUUCAGAGCAAGGGACGUGUCUGCAUUCUGGACAUUGAGCAGAAGGGCGUCGAACAGAUACGGCGAACCGAUCUCAAUCCCAUAUUGAUAUACAACAAUCCACCCAGCAUCGAGGAGCUCGAACAGCGUCUACGCAAGCGAGGCACCGAAACGGAGGAAUCGCUCCGUAAGCGUCUCAAUGCUGCCAAAAUGGAAAUUGAUUAUGGUCUGAUGCCGGGCAAUUUUCACAAGAUCGUUCACAAUGAGGACAUCGAUGUGGCCUACGAGGAGUUCCGCAACUUUGUCGUCGACGAGCUGAAAAAGCAGCAGGCACUCGGCAUCUAUUUUAAUUAAUGUGCAAUCCCACAAUUAUGAACUUAAUGGCAUUUCGACUUAUAUGCAUUAUCU